AUGGCCGAAUCCGCGUCGAAGGUCAUUCACGUGCGCAAUGUGCCAUCUGAGGCCACGGAGCUCGAUGUGCAGCAGUUGGCGCAGAACUUCGGACCCGUGCAAAGGGUCGUCGUCAUGAGGGCCAAGAACCAGGCCCUCAUUGAGAUGCAGGACAUUGCCGCUGCGAUCAAUAUGAUCCAAUUUUAUACUGGCGUGCAGGCCUCCAUCAAGGGGAGGAACGUGUACUGCCAGUUCUCCUCGCAUCAGGUCCUCACGCCUAACGAGAAUCAGGGCAGGACGCACCAGGAGGGUGCCCCUAACCGCAUUAUUCUAGUCACAAUCCACAACCCGCUCUAUCCAAUCAACGUGGAUGUGCUUCACCAAGUCUUUUCUCCCCAUGGCUUUGUUGAGAAGAUCGUCACUUUCCAGAAAGCUGCUGGGCUGCAGGCGCUGGUGCAGUACAACAACCAGGCGAGCGCGGCGGCCGCCAAGACCAACCUGCAGGGCCGCAACAUCUACGACGGCUGCUGCACGCUCGACAUCCAGUUCUCCAAUUUGAGCGAGCUACAGGUGCAUUACAACAACGAGCGCACCAGGGACUAUGUCAACCAGCUUCCCGAUCAGCCUGGCAAGGCGCCCAUGAUGCAAACGUCCCUUUUUGGCGAGGGGGGGAACGUGUAUGGCGCCAUGCCUGGGCAACGGCCGGGUGUGUUCCCGGGACAGAUGGGGCAAAUGGGGCAGAUGGGGCAGAUGGGACAGAUGGGGCAACCAGGCAUGCCGCAGCCUGGCAUGGGCGGCCUCAACGCUUACGGGAACCCUGGCAUGGCAGCAGCAGCGGCGGCGCAGAUGUUUGGGGGCAACCUGCCCCCUGGUGUGACGGGCACCAACGACCGCUGCACACUGCUCAUCUCCAACAUCAACCACGAGGUGGUGGGCGCGGACAAGCUGUUCAACCUGGUGUCAAACUACGGCAAUGUGGUGCGCAUCAAGUUCCUGCACAACAAGCCCGACCACGCACUCGUACAGCUCGCCGAUGGUCUGCAGGCGGAGCUCGCUCUCACUUACCUCAAGGGCGCCGCUGUCUUCGGUAAGCGGCUGGAGGUGAACUAUUCCAAGUACCCGUCCAUCAACCCGUCAGCCGACACCAAGGACUACUCCACAUCCAACCUGAACCGCUUCGGCCGCAACGCGCCCAAGAACUACCGCCACUGCUGCGCGCCCACGCGCAUGCUGCACUGCAGCAACCUGCCUGCUGAUGCCACUCCAGACAUGGUGGUGGAGCACAUGGCACCGCACGGGCCUGUGCUGGGUAGUAAGGUGAUUGACAAGGACGGGAAGAAGCAGGUUCUCGUGCUGUUCGAGACUGUUGAGGCUGCGACUGAUGCGCUUACGGCGAAGCAUGCGACUCCGAUUGGAGACUGGUGCAGGUGCAGCGCUGACCUGGUGGUGGCGCACAUGACCCCGCAUGGGCCCGUGCUGGGGUCCAAGGUGAUUGACAAGGACGGCAAGAAGCAGGUGCUCGUGCUGUUUGAGACGGUGGAGGCUGCGACCGAUGUGCUUACGGCGAAGCGUGCCACGCCCAUUGGUGGGCAGGUUAUCCGGAUCGCCUUCUCCAAGAGCCAAAAUCUUUAG